GUGGGAUUCUUUUUGAAUGCAUAAAAAAAGAAAGAAAAUAUUGCAUCGUAAAUGAAAAUAAGGAAAACUUUUUAUUCCAACUUUCUUCCGUUAAUUAACGUGUAUUACACCGUUAUUAUAUCAUCCGACAUUUUACUGCUUGCAUGAUAAAGCUUUUAUUUCCCUAGACUAGUCCUAUAACUGUAAUUAUAAGCAUAACUUAUUUAUUAUAAAUAAGAUCAGAUCCGUUAUGCUGUUUGCCGCUGAACGAUUACAACGUAGAUUAAGCCUUGUCAAUAUAUGCUAAACCGGGCAACCGAAGAGUUGAUGACGUCAUGAAGCACGCUCUAUAAAGAGCAGAACGUUACUGCAAAACGUUUACAAGAAAGAUGGACGAGUUCGAAACAUUCCGAGAGCGUUCUAUGAGCGCGGGUGUUAUUAAGUUUAAUUGUCAUCAAGCUAGACGUAGAAGCUCGUCUCCUCCACCAGCGGAAGCAUUUAGACGUCGCUCAAGGACUUCCUCUAUGCCUGCAUGCCGCCUCCAGGAGCAUGUUGUUGGGUGGACGGAAGAGUUCUUUUAUACCAGAGCGAGAAGUUUUAGUACUACCACAAAAGGUGUUAUUAAGAAUUGUGGCGAUUCUGUGCGUUUAGCGUCUCAAAAUUCCCUGGAUAGCGCCUUUACAGAGAUCAAUUCUAAGUCUUCUAGACGCUCUAGUGUAUCGAGGACGUUAAGCAGCACGGCAACGAGUCAAUUGGUACCUAGCUUUAGAGUUAUUGUUUUGGGCUUUCACGACGUGGGAAAAACGACUUUGGUCGGUCAAUUUAUGACAUCUGAAGACAUUUCAGAAGACGAACUAGACGAAGCGGAGUUGGAAGACGAGAAGACUCUCUCUGUUACGAUCGAUGGCGAAGAAUGCCUGAUAAAUUUUCACGACAGCCCUUCCGGAGGGGUAAUUGAAGGUGUUGAGAGUAGCGACGCAAUAAUCCUUGUCUAUUCCGUAACGGAUGCUAAAUCGUUCUCCUACGCCCUAAAGACUAUGAAAGAGAUGCAGUUAAAUCGUUUUACUCCACCUAUUCCACUAAUUCUUGUAGCUAAUAAAAUGGAUGUAGUGAGGAAGCGUGUCAUUGCCCAACAAAAGGGAAGAAAAGCAGCAAUGGAAAAUGAUUGUAAAUACAUAGAAACUAGCGCAACCCUUAAAUUCAAUGUUGAUGAACUACUUGUCGGACUCAUAAAACAAAUUCGAUCGGCGGAAAGUGAAAGAUCGGGGCUAACCUCUGGAACAAGGCCCAGACGUCACAGUUCAAAGGGCCAUGUUACUAGGGCAGCACGAACUGUUUUGAGCAAGUUGGUUGGCAAAAGUGGAAAGUUAUUUCGUUCUUGCGACAGUUUAGACGUUAUGAAAGAAUGAAUUAAGAAGUCUAUAAACACAUAAACAAACGAACAAACAAUUAAACAACAAAUGAACUAUUGCCACAUUUACUAAAACUUUUAUACCAUUUGUACAGUUGAUUUUUUCAUUAAGUAUUGCUACUAUUUCUUUUUCAAUUAUAUGCAUUUUGAGUGAAGUUUACCUCAACAGACACAAUUUUGAUUUAAGGAUAGCCAAGAGAUAAUCUUUGUCCAAAAUAAAUAGCAAAUACACCAAUUUUGAACAAUUAUUCUCGAAACUAUAUAGAAAUAUUAACAGUGUAACAAAAGGAUGAAAGUUCAAU